AUGGAAGAAGAAAUAAAAAAAACUGAGAAUGAAGAGUCAGCUGAAGUCCAAACAAUUCAACAGUGCCCCCUGACAACAAAGAGAGAAUUAUCCAAGAAUCCCCUACUGUUGGAAAACUGCCUGCCAGAUACAAUUUCUGAAGGUGAAGACAAAUAACCUCUAGGGUUUGGAGAGUAAAUAUGUAGAGUGAAGAACUAAGUACAAUAUAUAAGGCAUAAAUACUAAAACCUGAAUCUUUUAGCUCAUUCCCCAAUGUGCAUCUGACAAUGCACAAGCUUGAACCUUAGUUGCCUUGUUAAUGCUUCUAGGUGGUUAUCUUUAGGGAACCGUAACAUCCAAAAGACCUUGGGAAGCCACUGCAAGUCAGUGGAUGAUACCCAGCUAAGUGACACUCAGAGUAGACCCACUGGAAUCAAGUCCGUGGAAUCUACUCUGAUGAUUACUCGCAUUGGAUAUCACCCAGUUCGGUUUAGUUUAUUUAAGUAAUUUCUUACCCACUUUUUAUUGCCACGGGCAAUUCCAAAGUGAGAUAACAAGUUUUAAAAUGAUGUGGUAAAAUAGAAAACAGGUGCAACAAUGCAUCUGUUACUACUUUAAACCACCAGGCAGAACUUACACAAUAUUGAAACAGCAGGUUCCUCACUGAUGCCCACCAGGCACGUGUGAAAAAUUGUAAUCAAGUACUGAGUUAGAUGAACCAAUAGCCAGAUUCAUUAUAAGGUAACUUCCUAAGUACUUGACCAAACAGCUUUAAACCAGACAGGGCCUGUGUGAAGUAAAGAAAUAUUAUCUGUCCUUUCCGGCUCUGAUUUUGCCGUUGUACCAAAAUUAGACUGGCAAUUUGAUAGUUAGAUUUUUACCAGUCUACUAAAGCAACUGCCGAAGAAGGGGCAGAGACUGGAGAAAGAACUGUGAGUGAGAUGUUUUUUAUAUAUUAAGUGGAAUGGAAAUAAUGUUGGUAAGUAGAUGAUAGGUAGAUACCAAAACCCCAUAGCUCUUGCUAUGGUUAGAUGAAGUUAGAUGAAGAUUGCAGUUGGAGGAUUUCUACUUGCAUAGAACCCUUCCUCAGCUGGAAGUCUUAAUUUGCACCGUGAAACUAUGUUUUAACUUCUUGAUGACCUACCAUUGAGUUUCAAAGAAAGAGUCCCAAAUAAAUGGCUCGAGAUUAGAAAUGAACAAAAGAGUCGUGUUUGGAGGAAGGAGAUUUUUCCACAAGUCUGAGCAAACCUCGGCUUAUUGUCACACAUCCCAACAGCAGGGGUGGGAACCCUUUGGCCCUCAAGAUGUUGCUGAACUACAACUCCCAGCUCUAGCAAGCAGGGCCAAUGACCAAGGAUGAUGGCAGCAACAUCUGGGAGGUCAAAGGUUAUCCACCCCUGUGUUAGAGUAACAGUACCAGGAGACAUUUUUGUUCCAACUGCAACCUCAGUUCCAUUUACUUUUUUUUUUUGUAACAGCUUCAGUAACCUCCAGCAAUGCCUAUGGAAUGAUGCUGUAUGACGCAAAAGGAAAGGAAAAGGAAACACCGCUAGCCUCUGAUGACCGUGAUAAAAUGGUAGGAACCUGUUCCUAAUACUCUAACUCUAACAUUGCCCUUCCCUGCACUUUCCUUUCAACACAUCUGCAAUAUUCUGCAUAUACCUGAACCUUAAUAUUAGAUAGCUUCAGAACAUAUUUCAGUGCAAGAGCUCAACCUUGGAAGGCAUAAAGCUUUAUUGAAUAAUAGAUAAUUUCAAUUUGGGGUAAGGUGCUAACGGAGGAGAUCAGACUAUACCAGUAUAAUGAGGGUCCCUCUUCUCAUGGGCCCAUCCCAGUCACGGACUCACCCUCCAUGUUAGCUCAUAGAUCAUUUGCUGACUUCAAAGUCUUGCAAAAUAAAAAUAUUCCUCUUUUUUUUUACUAUGGUGACAUGACCUCUUAGAACUUAGUCUUCCUUUUCCCAUUCAGACGACCUGGCCCUUGUAUAAUCAUAGGGAUUACUUUCUUGCACAUUGUUCAGGGAAGACUAAGGGAAAGUGAACUGAUUGUGAGUGAAGGAAAUAGAGAAAGCAGAGAUGGUACUGAUUUCCGAUUAUUAUGUUCAAAGUCUUAGUAAACAGCUUUCCACGAAAAAGGUAUUGCUCCCUUCCUGUAUCCCAGUACAGUGGUAUCUCUGGUUACGUACUUACGAUAAUUCGUUCUGGAGGUCCGUUCUUAACCUGAAACUGUUCUUAACCUGAAGCACCACUUUAGCUAAUGGGGCCUCCCGCUGCUGCCGCACCGCCACCACACGAUUUCUGUUCUCAUCCUGAAGCAAAGUUCUUAACCUGAGGUAUUAUUUCUGGGUUAGCGGAGUCUGUAACGUGAAGCAUAUGUAACCCAAGGUCCCACUGUACUGGCUGGAUGGGGACACGGGUGGCGCUGUGGUCUAAACCACUGAGCCUCUUGGGCUGCUGAUCGGAAGCUUGGUGGUUUGAAUCCCCAUGAGGGAGGGAGCUCCUGUUGCUCAGUCCCAGCUCCUGCCAACCUAGCAGUUCAAAAGCAUGCCAGUGCAAGUAGAUAAAUAGGUACCACUGCAGCGUGAAGGUAAACAGCAUUUCCAUGCACUCUGGCUUCUGUCAUGGUGUUCCGUUGCACCAGAAGUGGUUUAGUCAUGCUGACCACACGACCCGGAAAACUGUCUGUGGGCAAAUGCCAGCUCUCUCAGCCUGAAAGCGAGAUGAGCGCCGCAACUUCAUAGUCACCUUUGACUGGACUUAACCGUCCAGGGGUCCUUUAUCUUUACCUUUACCUUACUGGCUUGACGUUCAAUGCGUGUUUUCUGUGUUAAAGCAGAGAAUACCGGGCAAUCAGCAGAAUGUCUAAUGCCAUUCAGCAUUCUAUUGCCCUCCUUUCACAUGUUAUGAUGCAACUGGCUCUGGAAACUGGUUCUGAACAAAUACGGUCAUAUGUGAAAAUGCUAUUAAAAUCUUCCACCCUUUUCUUGCUAGUCUCAUAUGCAUUCACAGGAAUUCGAUUCAAAAAUGAGUGGGAACGGUAAUCAAAACUAUCGGAAUGGGAAUCAGAAAUUGCAGCUGGUGGAGCAAACAAUGGUGAGUCAGAUGCAAUGCACAUCCUUUAUUUGUGUAUUUAAUAGCUUGUACAAUUGGUGUAAGUGUUUGACCGGUGCAGGGGGGGGGUAAUCACACAUUAGUGCAGCUGUAGCAGCAACUUUGGUGAACAGAGCAGACACGUGAAGAGUUUUUCCUCACAGAAUUUGCUGCUGCUCUUUCACAGGCACAGAUUUUAGAUCUGCCUCUGGACAGCAUCGACUCGUGCUCCACAGCUUUGCGCUGUCAGGGCAUGCUUCUCAUUCAGGACCUAAGGUAUGUCGGAUCUACAACCCAACAUCCUCCCUGACCCAAAUGUUGAAGCAAAGCUCAGAAGAAAAGUGCUAAGAAUAGAGUUGAAUAAUGCCAUCAGGAAGAGACUACCUCAGGCUGGGGUAACCCAGCCAGAUGGGUGGGGUAUAAAGAAUAUUAUUAUUAUUAGCAUCAUCAUCAUCAUCAUCUGUAUCUGUGGAAUUAUUUGAAACAAACUACACAGAAAAGCCAAACCUGUCUCAGCUCCGUUGAUAUGGAAGGGAUUGUCUUGCUUUAUUGCGCUACUGACGAAUCACAUGACCUACAUUGGUGAGCAUGGAGUCCUCUGAUCUUGACCCUGGUAGUUCUGAAUUCCAGUCAGAGCCAUGGGCUCAAGGCAGGCAUACUCACACCAAAUUCUGGUCAGUGGCUACCCCUUUGUAGCCUGCCCAUUCCAGUAGGCACUACACAGCUCAGACAUGGUUUAUUUUCUUUCCUCGGUACUCUGAACUUUUUCUGUGUUAAGCUCCAUUUCCGUAAGGAAGAAUCGUAACGUACAUUGAAUGCUCUGUUUCUUCUCCCCCGACCGCCAUUCCUCAGCCAAGUGGAGCCUUCUCAUUGGCCUAAAGAGAAGCUGCUCAGCACUUGCAUUGCCAGCGUCUUUGCCUUGCCCUCAAUUGACACUUUACAAAGUCAGAGCAAAGAAGAAGUUGACGUACAGGUAUUUUCUCACUUUGUUGCAGGUGGGGGGGGGGGACUGUGUCCCUCCAGAUGUCUCUUGCUGGGUUGUAGCUCCUAUCAUUCCUUGCCUUUGGCUAUUCUAGCUGGGGCUGGUGAGAUUUUGCGUCCAGUCUGGGGGGACAUAAGAUUUCUCACGACCAAUUUACUGCUUAUGGAGAGGGUACGGUAUGUGCCCGAAUAAGAACAUCUAUACGGUUUAAAAAGAAAAGAGAAAGAACUGUACUGAUUUGGGGAAGGGGGCGGCAAAAACAUGACCCUAUGUGGAACAAAGAUACAUCAGUCUGGUUAAAGGAACCCAAAUUUGAUGUUGAUGAUAACAAGCCCUAAGUUCCCUUUUGAAGCCAUUUUGUACCUCCUAUAUGUUCACGAUGACCAUGUGAGCUAGGUGAAGCUGGGUUGGUGACCGGCCCAGGGCAGGAAGUGAGCAAAAACAAUGAGUUUUUGUUUAUCAAGGUUCACAAAAAAGAAAAAAAAUUGCCUGCAGUUUGCUGAGAGUGUGAAAGAGGGUUUUUGCGUGUAGUUCAAGAAAGCUAAUGCCAUUAUAAACAUGUUAAUCUUUAAGAGAUCACAAAACUUAUCUGUGGGACCUUACUUCAUGCAUUCCUUUUUUUAGGAAGAAGGGGACCCUAUUUUGGGAACUGCACCAGGGCCCCCAACCAUCUUAACCCAUCCUUGGGCAAAAGUAGGACGAAAUACACUGAGCAUGUUGUUCACUGUUAGGCAACCCCUAUGCACUGUAAUAGGGCUUAUGGGGGAGAGUUACACUCACUUUUGAAUCACAGCUUUAUUAGUUAUGUCAGUUCAUGGACACUGUUGGCAUCCAGCUGUCUCGAGAGACAAUGGAGUGCACCUCCAGGGGUGAAGUCAAACUGCUGGAGAAUCACAGCUAUGGCUACAGAGACCGGUAACUUGUAACUGCUGCCUCCCGUGUUGCUUUUGCAGUGGUCCAAAGGAAAGCAGAGCAAUACAUUUGGCACCAGCUUGGCUGCAGGAGUUGCUGGAAACAGGCGUACAAGGUGCCACCCAACCAUCUUAGGGACUCCAGUCCAGAUUUGUGUAGUUUACUCUUUAGCCUAGGUGUUGCACCUGCAAUGUUAUAGUAAUAUAUUAUGCAACAUUUUUUUUCCUUCUCAGGCAUUGUACAAGCAGACCUUAGAGGCUAUAGAAUCAAUGCUGAAAAGCUUAUUGGCAGAAAGACCAAACAUAGAUGAACUGGCCACACUCUUAGAAGUAAGCUCCUGUUAUCUAUUUGUGGCUCAAAGAAUCACAAGUGAUGAGAAUAUGCCCUAUAGCUAGGUUCAUGAAGUAGUCUUUCUUUUCUUUUCUUUCUUGGUGUAUAUGGUUCUCCUCGUGCCAAUACAAUCCUCACAACAACCAUGCGAGUCAUCGUGGAAUGAGAGAUACUCACUGGCCCAAGAUCACCCAAUAAGGUUCAUGGCUGAGUAGAGAUUUGAACCAGUUUGUGCCCUGUUAUAGUCAAACAGUGUAAUUGCCACACCACGCUCUCUCAGACAGAUCUUUGGUUGAAAUGGCAUUUGCUGCUCAUGGAGCAUAGAAGUGCCUCAUUCACCGAAAUCUACUUGUGGGUUUUUUGUUUUUCUUAGGGGGUGUUAAAAUUAAUUUUCAAAGAUGUCCACUCAGAAUGGCUCCUUUCAGUUUGGUCAGGGAGAGUUACAACAACGGGAAUAAGAGGCCAGACAGCAAGCCAUAAGAUUGUUGACAGUACUUAGCAUGACAUUAUUCAGAACUUUAAAGACCGGAAGGAAAGCACCCAAAGUGGAAUUUCAAUUUCCUUGACAUUGGGAAGUAACACAGGAAGUGCCCUUUCCCCAUGUUCUUUAAUCUUUGGAAACCAGGAAAAGUGUCAGGGUGGGAGGGGAAAUGAGGGAGGAAGUAACCUAGCUUACUUCCUCUCUGUGAGGCUUUGACAGCUUUGAGAGAGCAACCUGAAGGGUCCAUGCCCCACCCAGGUUUUCCCAAACUUGGGUCUCCAGCUGUUUUGGACUACAGUUCCCAUCAUCCCUGACCACUAGUCUUGCUACCUAUGGAUGAUGGGAGUUGUAGUCCAAAAACAGCUGGCGACACAAGUUUGGGAAACCCUAGCGUAGCCAAUAGCGAGCUUAAUGAAAUGAUGGCUGGACUUGGAAUAAGGCAGCUUCCUGGGUUCUUUUCUGAAAGACAAAAGCAUGACUUUGAAGAAUUACAAUAGUAUGCACUUUCUCUUCUUAUACAGUUGCUAACAGUUUGCUCCCACUACCCUUACAGCAUUUGAUGCCCUGGAUGAUAUCAGGACAAGCACAUGAGCGGGCAAGAGCAGCGAACACCUAUGUAUCCCUGUUAAAAUUUGCAGCCACCUGCCCCACGUUUCAUGUGAGUUCUGCCCUCUGGCUUGAGGCGACUGGGCAAUGGGUCUUGUGAGACCUGCAAAUGUUUAAGACAGAAAAUGGAGGUAGAUAGAUGUGAAUGGCUCUGUAGUGUGAAUAUUGCAUUCCUCUUGUGCUCUGAAGUGAGUGGAUAGAGACUGUGAAAAGGUUAGAGGGGCCUAGGAUGGGUUCAAGGGAUGCACGCACCAAACAAAAGAGGAACCCUAUGUCUCUUCUCUUGACUGUGCUAGCAAGUUUAGGGACUGGUACUCACUGGACUCUGGUGCUUUAUUUCUGCAUCACUAUUCUUCUACUGAAAAAGGGGGUGGGGAAUUAGUGACUAGAGUCUGGGAUGGCCAGAAGCAAAUGAACAAGACAUUUUCUAGUAUCCAAAUGGUCUAUUAGAGACAAAACUGGCCUAUUAUAGCUUGAAUCCCUUAUAUCCUGCAAAAACCAUGCUACAGCCAUGAGCCAUAGCCUUUUCACAGUAUUGCUGCUACAAACUGAUAAUGGGUAUGAAUCUAAACCCUGUGAAGGUAUUCUGCCCCACACAAUUAGGAUCACUGUGAGAGAGCUAGCCAGCACUUCCGUCACAUCCCCAUUGCCCAGCCUUGCCACCCCUAUGCAACAUGGAAGGGCAAAAGUAAGACCAUAGACAGCUGUACAACUUGGGACCAGAUGAUCUAAAAUAUCAUCUCGCCCUCUAUAUAUACAGGGAGAGAGCCUUCUGCACAUGCCUUCUCACCAGGAAGUCCAUUCCACAUGAUAUAGGAAUUGGGCCCGCCCUGAGUUUGGUGGCACCCAGCCCCUGGAACUCCCUUCCACUAGAUAUCACACAGGGACCUGUGGAAGACCUUUCUUCUUUAACAAGCCUUUUAAGUGGAGGUCUGUACCCCAGUUCUAUCUGAAUCGGAUUUGAAAUGGUUUUAAAACUGCUUUUAUCUAUUGUUUUUAAGUGUUUGUGGUUUUUACUGUGAAGCUGCUUGGAUAUAUUUAUGUGAAUUGAUUCAUAAAUGGAAUCAGAUAAAUAAAAUUAUUAUUACAUUUAUAUCCCACCUUUUCUGUAAGGAACUUCAGUUGGUGUACAUAGUUUCUCCCCCCCCCCUCCAUUUUGUCCUGUGAGGUAGGUUAGGCUCAGAAGCAAGAUCAAGCCUUGUGGUCAAAUGGGGUCUAGAACCCAGGUCUCCCAGUUCUUAGUCCAACACUCUAACCACAACAACACACUGGCACUCUGCAGUGUCUGCAGCACAAAGCCUAUUGUCUCUGUGGAGGCUUCCCUCAUGACUCAGAACCCCCUGAUCAUGCAAGGCUUGUUCUCAUUAAGAGUGCAGCAGACUUCCUGCUGCAGUUGUUUGCCUUCCUAUGUGUGGAGGGGUGGCAGAGCUGGCUGUUGGAGGCAUGGUGGAGCCAGUAGAGGCAGCUAGCAUGGCCCUGUCUCCCUCUCCUUGUGCGAGGAGAAUAGCCUGAACAGGGCACAAGGCUCAUCAGGAAAAGACAAUAUAAUUCCAAACAUCAGUUCAUCCAAACUGGGGAACUUUUUUCAUUCAAGAACCACAAAGAUUCCUUCUCUUCGCCGCAGUGUCAAAAGACAGCACUCUCAAUUUCUCCAUUCAGGUGUCACCUGAUGGAUGUCCUAAGCUUGGGCGUCUGAUUGGUCAGCUGUGUCUGCGUCUCAGUGACCCCCAAGAGGAAAUUGGUGAACAGGCUAUGGAAGGCAUGUAUUUCCUGUACUCCCUUAUGCUGCGCCAAAAGGGUAAGAUAGGAGCUGUGAUAACUCCAGUAUCCAAACUGUGCAUCUAUAUAGAAGUAGUAGACUGUACUUUAUUUGGCAGCCAUUGACUUGUUGCCCUUGACUCUUCUUAUGUCCUGUAUUUUAUUAUAUCUGGGUAAUAAUAAUAAUAAUAAUAAUAAUAAUAAAUUAAUUUUAUUUAUACCCCGCCCUCCCCGGCCAAAGCCAGGCUCAGGGCGGCUAACACACAAUAAAAUCACAGUAAAAACAUAAUGGGGGGGGGCAAUUUAAAAUACAGGUUAAAAUGCAAUUAAAAUGCAGCCUCAUUUUAAAGUAGCCGAUUAUAAUGGUAUGGGGUUGCUCGUGCGUAAGUUGCCGCCUCUCCUGGCUAUGUUGCCUUGUUAAACCUUUCUGUCUGGACAGCCCUUCAAUUCGUGGCUGCCUCAGUCGCUAGCAGAAUCCGUCAGUGGGCGUUUCUUAAACCUUUUCCAACAUAAAAGUUGUUUGACACCCAGUCUCCUCCUACUUUCUCUGCGCGGAAGUCUUCUGCGCAGGAAGGGCGUGGGUAGCGGAGGACCAGUGCUCUCCCCGCUGGUGUCCGGUGAAGAGUCUGGGAGCCCUCUCUCCGAUUCCCCCAUCUGCCCCUCCUUAUUCCUGGUGUUGCACUGAAUUGCUUCCCCAUCUGCUGAGCUGCCUCUCUCUCUGCUGGGCCCUUCUCCAGCAUCAUUAGAGAGCCUUUCCUCCACCUCUAGCUCCGAUGUCAGUUCCCUGACACCGAUAAAUCAAGACCAUAAGGAGAAGGAAACAUAAAGGUCAGACUGAGUCCAAACCAAAGGCCAGGCGGAACAGCUCUGUCUUGCAGGCCUUGCGGAAAGAUGUCAAGUCCCGCAGGGCCCUAGUCUCUUGUGACAGAGUGUUCCACCAAGUUGGGGCCAGUACUGAAAAGGCAGUAUUGCAUUAUAUCAGGAAUCCCCGAUUUUCUCUCUUCUUCUUCUUUUUUGGCCCAAGGGCACAUUUGGAAAUAUAUAUUUUUUGUCAAGACGCCUUGAGUUCCCUGCAGUGAGAGAAGGUGUUUAAUAAAUUUAAUAAAGAAGAAGAAUCAACUGUUGUUGGCACCACAUAAUACCCAUUUCACAGAAGAAGAAACAGGGGUGCUUAGAAACUCCAGGCCUCCACAUUAGCAAAAGACAAAACACCUGCACACACAUGCAGACAAAUAACUACAGGAAUACUGUUAUUAUAAGGUGCCUAUUUUCUAAGCACUGCACAUAUAUCAAAAGGCAAGAUUGUCUCUGACCACAAGUUUGCAAUCUAUUAGACAUAAGGAAUGAGGAGGGAGAAGGAACCUUCACUAGCCAAUGGGUGGAGCCAGACUGGUCUUCCCAUUGCUGCAAUGCUCUUGUUGUGAGGCAGGAGGUGCAGCCUCUCAAUGGUAUCAGAAGCCAGUGUGUGCUUUCCUUCAGCUUUGCAGCUGAAUAAUCGCACACCAACUUAAAACCAACUUAAAGUUUUCAAAACAACUUUCUAUUAUUUCAUGUGGAAAGAAGUAUUCUGGAAUUCUGGAAAGAUCCACAGCAGAGACUAUUAAUUUGAUGCAUUGCAUCAUUGUUAGGGGAUUCCAAAAAUCUGGAGAGACAUGCCCAUUUUGUGCAACAGCAAAGAGUGCUUUUAUUUAGUUAGCUGUUCUGCAGACAAUGGUAUGUUUGCCCUUGAUGCUCCUUUUGUCUCUGCCAUAGUGCAUUGGAUUUUGUGCUGACAACCCCUGUAGUCCUCACUGUGCAGAAGCUGGAGAAGAUCCUGCCUAACGUAGCUACAAAGUGGGACUUUGAGAGAGGUCCCUGGUGGAGAAGAUAUUCUUGAUCUAUAGCUCAGUGCCAAAUCAUGGGUGGUCACAUCUCAGUUGCAGCAGGAUACCCGCUCUGCAGUUUCCAGAGCUAAUUUGAGAAUUAAUGAGGAUUUUGGAAUGGGGCAGGCCAAGCCAGGUUAUUGUUAUGCAUCCCCACAUCUCCAGGUUCCAGGGGCAAUGCUAUCCAGGGUUUGGCUUCCUUUUGGAGAAGAGACGAUGAGAGAUAUAUGCCAUUUCUGUAAUAUUUGCUUUAUUUGCAAACGUUCAAGUGGAGCAUUGGAGGAGGCAAACAGCUUAUUUUGUUCUAGUUACUUAACUGUGCUGUGGCUUGUACAAUGAGCAGUAUGCCUAUCAUCUAAAUAAACAACCUUCACAACUUUAACUAGUUGGCAUGCAAUUUAUUCUCACCUGCAAAAUAGUGGCUUCCUGGGAGCAGCCUGUGUCUUUUCUGCCUUCCUUUCCUGUUCCAAAACACACUUCUGUUGUUGCUGUCAUACACUGAACCCAAGACCCACCUUAGCUGUGGGUGAGUGCCAAAGUGUUUGUUGGCCAUUCUGUGCCAUUUUCCUGCAAUUUCCCUAACAAAAGAUGUGGCUGGAACAGUUUGGCCACUGGCCAUUAUGUGUCAUUAGCCAGCCAUUCUGGCUCCUUCUCUCCCUUUUUUCCAAACUCCAGACACCCACACAGCAACCUGAGAGCAAACUCUCCGCUUGGAGAAACUUUAAAGUCACUCUUUUUCUCGUUAGGCUUCGAAAACAAAAGUGACUCCCUGGAAGCAGAAGAGAUCCAACUAUAUGAAGAGAUUCUGGGUUCCUAUGACCCUACUAUGUCUCAUCAAAAUAUCACCCAUAUUAUUCAGGUAAUUGUUCAGUGCUGGAUAUGAUGCAAUGCAGAGGAUAUGCAAACUGCAGAGGCCAUCGUAACUUAGUCCUGAUAGGGUGUAAGGUAGGGGCGGAACCAUAAUUAUUACUACAUCUUUGUAGUGUGUUUUGAGGCAAAGAUUUCCACUUUCAGAUCAUAGGUCAACAGUGCUGCAAUUCUGCGUGCACUUCCUUGAGAGGAGAAAGACCCAUUGAACUCUGUGGCACUUCUGAGCUUGCAUGCAUGGGAUCGCCCCCAUUUUCAGUUUUCUGAUAUAAAACUUGCAGAAGGGCUGUAAGAGCAGUGGGAGAGCACGUGCAUUGGGUAAGAAAGGUCUCAGGUUCAAUCCAUGGGAUUUCCAGGCCGGGCUGUGAACGUCCUUUGCCUGGAACCCAGGAGACUUACUACCAGCCAGUGAAGACAGUCCUGAGCUAGAAGAACUAGUCUGGUUUCCUCCGUAAGAUGAAAAGCUGAGAACAUCAGGUUUUGAAUCUGUACACCUUUACUUGGGAGCAAAUUCCAGAGUAGCUGGUUGAAUUUAACUUCCAAGUGAAGUGGCAGAGGAACGGGCUUCUCCACAGAACCCUUAAUUCCUUCCUGCAAAGUUCUCUUAGAACAAGGAAGCCCUGCCAGUUGAGCUUGCCUUGCUGUUGUCCUCUCAGCUGCUUCCCCUACCACAAAGUGCUGCUCUGUGUCUCCUCUCUUAGGAAUUUCUGCCGUACCUCACAGCACUACAGAUCACAGAGCUUUUGUUGACCGCUAUAGACUGCCUAAAGGAAGCCAAUAGGAGCACCACUGCGGCAUCACGUGACAUCACAUCUGUCAUCCUGCAGCGAUACAUGCACAGGUUACAUGGGCAGGUAGGAGAUGUUUGGAGCCGGCAGAGACCCCAGCAGUGACAGAGGCGGCUUCUUGAGAGGCACCAGUACUAUUUUAUACCCUGAGAUAAACCGUAAAACCCAUUUACAGUUUAUCUGUGGUGAAGGUCUUGGCAAGGCUCUGUCAGUGCUCACAGGAUGUUUUCCUGUGUCAGUGCCUAAUUAUUGAUCAGCUGACGCUUGCUCCCUGUACCAUAGAAUUGCAGACUGGGAAGGGACCCCGAGGGUCAUCAAGUCCAACACCCCGCAAUGCAGGAAUCUCAGCUGAAGCAUCCAUGACAGAUGGCCAUCCAACUUCUACCAAUCUUUGGGAGAACCCAAAUGACCAGAGCAGGGGAUCGUUGUGCCUUCUCACCUCCAGGACCAGCCUCAGAUGUUUUGCUGACUGAGCAAAUAGCCUCCCCAGCCUAAGUCCAGUCACAUUAUUUUGGCACUUGAGACAGAAAAUCCCACAGGCACUUCUCCCCCUCCCUAGCAGUUAAAGUACAACAAUAAUAAAUAUCUUAAAUACCUUAAAUAAUCUUAAAUAAUAAAUAUCUUAAUGAUUUGUUGCUUGGCCAUGAAAACAGGGGGUCGAAUCCAUACCACACAUUUAAAGCACAUGGCUUCCCUCAAAUAUUCCUGGGAACUGCAGUUUACCCCUGACAAAGCUACAGUUCCCAGGAUGCUUUGGGUGACAUAUUUUAAAUGUAUGUUUGUUUUCUGCUCUUUGAGGGCUCUGGUUUGUACCUUGUGGUGUGGUCCCUGCCCCAGCGCUGCUUCCUUCUAGCAGGGCAUUUAACUGAAGCAUGCUUGUUUCCUUCAAGGUGCCGGAAAUUGUGGAUAAGAUCUACCAGCAGCUUGGUUCCAUUUACCAGUACCAGGACAGGCAAAUAAUGAUGGGGGUCCUGGCCCAGCUGGCUCAUACCUACAUGGCAGAAGUAUGCAGUGCCCUUCUCCAGUGCCCUUUACCAAUCGACAGGUACAUAGUUCAAUGAUGCUUAGUCCUGCUGGGUCAGCCUUCAAUCCCUGGACACCUUGGGGUGGGGUGGGGGGACACAGGUUCCCAUUCUCUCCCACCUGCACUUAGGCCUCAGUGCUCCAGAAAAUACAAAUCAGAAAAUACCUAAAGCUAGCAGGGAAGAUUCUUAUGAGUGCCACCUUUUCCCGCAAGGAGAGAGUGGGAACCGGAAUGGCCUCCCGCGGUCAUCCUUCACAACCAGUUCCCAUACAGAAAAAGCAAACAGCUCGUGGAUUUAGGAGGGUUGGAGCAGAAGCCUGGUCUGGUUAUGGAAAUGUAGGAGGGCUCUGGAUUGAGGGGAAAUAGAACAAGGGAUUUCUGAUGCUAAAGAGAGAGGCAUGGCUGUUAUUUGAGGGCAGAGGGGGAAGUAAAGCAACAGAGAUGCAUUCACACGCCUCAGGGGUCACAUCUAGUUUGGCCUCCAAGUCUGCAGAACACCUUCUCCUCUCCAUUUUACAAAGUGCAGAUUGGGACAUUCUCCUCGUAUGCCAUAUCUCUGUGAAUGUUUCCUUAUGAGGACCAAUCAAUAAUUUCUAUUGGUCCGAAUAACAGUAUUGCACCUCAGUUGCUUAAGCAUAACAUAUCAUUCCUGGUGGAUUGAUUUCCAUGGUAUACUUUUGAUCCCACCACUGCAGCCAUUGUUGCUCUCUGGGGACUCUUCGAAGUCUUUAUUUAUGCCAAGGAUGGGGGAGCUGUGGUCCUCCGAACGUUGCUGGACAGCAGCUUCCAGCAUCCCUGUCCCUUGGCUACGCUGGAUGGGGGGAGAUGGGAGCUGAAGUCCCAUCAACAUCUGGAGGACUACAGCUUCCCCAUCUCUGAUUUAUGCACUCAGAACAGUUGGGGGGGCAACUGACAUGGUUGUGGGUAUACAACCUGAAAUGUUUCUGUUUCCCUCCCCUGAAAUUGCAGGUAUGCUUCUGAGAUGUGGCAUGUGUUGACCAAAACAUGUUCGAAUGAUGACCUAACUCUCCUUGUGAAUGUACUGCUGAAAAAGCUGCAGCUGAGCCCAAAGGUCACGGGAAACUAUAUCACACCUCUGGCUGUAAGGAACUGUACCAAUUUGUCUGGAUGGUUUUUGCAAAUGAGCUCCCUAGAGAGAAGGAAGGAGGGGCAUAGCUCAGUGGUAGAUCAUCUGCCUUGCCUGCAAAAGGUUCCAAGUUCAAUCCCAGCAUCUUCAGGUCGGGUUGGGAGAGAACCCUGUCUGAAGGCCUGGAGAGCUGCUGCCAGUCAGUGUAUGCUAUACUGAGCUAAAUGGACCAAUGGUCCACUCAGCAGAAGGCAGCUUCUUCUGUUCCUAAAGCAAGUUCCAUUACUUCUUCCAAAACUCCUUUGGCACAGGACCUGCUUUGGAUGUGACAAAAUCCCUUGUAGGAAGUAGCAUGCAGCCUAUACAUGUCACAUCACAUAAUGAUUGCAUGCACAGGUAUUUUCUAGCAUGUACAUUCACUGCUGCUUCCUAGCAAAUGUAAACUCAUGUAACUGUUGGCCAUGUGAUCUGCUAGCAGUCACAUUAAACAAAUGUGCCGUGCGGUGUCCGACAGGGAGCAUUCUCCAUGCAGGGAGAUUGUAAAGGAACUGAGUGAUGUUACUGCAAAAGUGUUGAAUCCAGUGACUGCUACUCGUGAAUAAAUAGGCUUAGGGUUGCAUUUCUUUCAGGUGGUGCCCAUUCUUGCCAAAAUCACAUCCUUGUUAACUAGGCUUUCAAAUCAAUUGCAGUUAAUAUACCUAAUAAUAUAUACCUAAUUAUACAGAGGUUGCAUAGACCGUUGACCUGACUCGGAAAGAGGUGUUUACAUUUAAAAUUAAUCCAGGAAGGAUAAGUGGUUCAGGACUAACAACCCCCAGAAACAUAAAUGAACUCUGCAGAGAAAAGAUCUUACCACAGUCUCUCUCUCCCUCUCCCUUCUCCCUCUCCCUCAGGCUGCCAGCGCUUUCUCGAAGCUGUUAUCUAUGCCCAAAAGUUCGGAAGUGGCCCUCUACAUCUACCCCCGGCUGCUGAUGGCGCUGCUUGUUCAGGUGCACUAUAGCAUCAGGCACAGCGUAAUAAAGAACUCAGAUUCUCAGGAGGAAUUUGAGCCUGUGGGGUAAAUAUGAGAGAAAUUGUUAUGGCAGGGGCCAAACCCACUCCCGAGAACAUGUGAACGUGCUCCUUUGUAACGGCAUGCAUCCGUGUGCUAUGUUCUCUUGAGUAAAUCUCACCCACACAGAGCAGAUUGUUGGUGGGCAUAAUCUAGCCCUGGCAUCAGCAUCCUCAGGCAGCUGCAAGGACCCACCCCCACAAAAGGGGCCCACCACUUUUGCCUUGCCCUGAGUCCCAGCCCUUCCCUUUGAAAAAAGCAGGUGGUUUUGGAGGCCGCCAUUUUAAUUUCUGGCAGUGCCCUUGAUGGGGCACUGGUGGGUGGACACAGCAUCACACACAUCAGAGGAGCCAGCAUUCUCCAGUGAUUGCAAUGAUAAAAGUGGCAGUUCCCAAACAUGGCUCUUUUGCAGGAAGUGGGCAGAGGAAAGGUUGCCAGUCAAGCAGAGAUGCUGAAGAGAGGGUAAUGGGCUGGUUUAAAAGGCCUGGCAUGGUGGGUUUCGCCUGCAGGCCACCAAGUCUCCUGGAUGUGGAGGGAGUGGUGUCCUUUCAAAAUGUAUGUCCUGCAGAAGCAGUUCAGGAGUACGACUAGGCAGCCAUUCCUGGAUAGGGACAACCUGACCACUGUAACCUUAUUAGUAACCUCAAUGCUUGAUUACUGCAGUGUAUGCUAUAUACGGGGCUGCUCCUGAGUCUGAUUCAGAAGCUUCAGCUAGUGCUGAGCAACAGUGUUUAAAUUGUGUACAGUCAUACCUUGGUUCUCGAACGGAAUCAGUUCUGGAAGUAUGUUCGACUUCUGAAAACAUUCGAAAACCAAGGCGCGGCUUCCAAUGGAUUGCAGGAGCUUCCUGCACUCAAGCGGAAGCCACAGAAGCCACGUCGGACAUUUGGCUUCCAAAAAACAUUCACAAACCGUAACACUCACUUCCAGGUUUGCGGCGUUCGGAAGCCAAAACGUUCGAGUCACAAGGCGUUCGAGAACCAAGGUACAACUGUAUAGAAUUUCUCCAAAGUGCUCUAGUGCUUCAUCGAUAAUCCUACACCAGCCCUGUAAAGCAGACUAGUAUUAUCCCCAUAUUGCAGAUGGAGGGUUGAGUCUAGCCUUAGCUAAGGCCACCUAGUGAGUGGAUUUGUGGCAAAGGUAACAUUUGAACUGGGGACUUCCCAACUGGAAGUCGCCACUGUACUACACCUGCUUCUUGAUGUGUCUCAUAUUUUAUUUUAUUUUUAAAUUCAGCUAUAUUGUAGCAGCACUGAAGACUCUUCUCCUAGCUGUGAGGUGCUAUUGUGAGUUUACUCUUAUUGAGAAGGAGCGGGGCUGGGAGCUCCUCACCAGCUGCGAAGAUCACCAUCGGGGAGUAGGCCUUAUUGCAAGGUGCGCAGUGGUAAACUGUUGGAUUAUUUAAUUGUUGUUAGCCGCCCUGCUGGGGAAGGCGGGAUAUAAAUAAAAUUUAUUAUUAUUAUUAUUAUUAUUAUUAUUAUUAAUUUGGUUAUUUGGUUAGAGCACCCCAAACAUUUACAAAAAUUCCCAAGUGUAGAGUUAACCACUGGCCAUAACGGUAUGCAUCUGCAUUGUCUUUCCUAACCAGAAUCAUGCUUCAGACCUCCAAUUAUGACCUUUUGAGGAUCUUGUACCUCCUAGUUCCCUUCCUGGAGCGAGGUGAUGAAGAGCACCAGAUCACAGGACUGGCUUUCUUCAGCGAAGUAAGGAAGAUGCAACUUCUGCACUGUGGAACCGGAAGCCUUUCUGGGAAUGCAGAGUGGCUUGUUGACCUUGAUUCCAAGGAUGGUUGUACAAACAUAGUGAUAAUGCCCACCUGUGACUCUGUGGUUAUGUUCUCAGAUAGUUGUUACUGGUGGUGUAAGUGGAGUUGGAUCCAACAGAAUAUAUUUGUAGCAAUGCAUCUGAAUAGCCGCUUCAUCCUGUUGCGUUUUGUGUAGGAAGCUGUGGGCAGAAUAAAUUAGGUAAACAAUAUUUGGUCUAUUAAAACAAUGCAGUUUUACUUAUUCAAAGCAGAAAGCUGAUACCAAGAACAAACUUAGUUGGUCUCUAAGGUGCUACUGGACAUUUUUUUUAUUUUUUUAUAUGUAUUUCUACUGCGUCAGACCAACACGGCUACCUACCUGAAAGCAGAAGCUGUUCAACUAGUAAUACUUGAGAAAGUGCAUGAUCUCUAAUGCUAGGUUGGUCCUUAUUUUUCCCUCCACAUUUGGCAUCAGGUCAUGUCAAGUAUGACAUCAGAUGUGCGGCAAGUAGGCAUGGCUCAGGGGAAAUAGCCUCAUGGGACAAACUGGGACCUGUGCUGGCCAAAUUUGGUCCACAUGCUGGAGAUUCCCUACCCCUGCUGUGGUUGAUUGCAGCACAAAGAAUAAACAAUAUAAAUCCCCCGGAAGGCACAAGAAUGGAUGGAUGCAGGCCAUUUCUGCUUAACAUGGACAAUGUUUUGGGUAGGAUUGAUAACCAAGUGCCAGAAACAAGUUAGUACAUUUUUGGCAUCUGAAGCAGGCAGUUGCUUGUGAACCAAAUUCUCAUGGACCUCUUCUUUGUCUUUUAGCUUCUUUGUAUGUCAGAGGCCAGAAGACUUCCCAAACAAUAUUCUUUGUAUCGUCUGAAGCGAGGACUGGCUAAUGAAAACCCAGUCAUCCGGGCAUUGUGUAUUAAAGGACUGGUUAACAUUGCAUACUGGAUAGGAAAGGUAAACAACAGGGCCCAUCAUAUGAUUUCACUGGAUUUAGUUGAUAAAUUCAGAAAUAUCUGUUGAGGAUUUAAUUGCAUUCAGCUCAAUUUGCACAAAAUUUGUGGAGCAGUUAGACAACAUGAACUAUUUACUGUACUGAUCAUUCAUUCUGACUUGUUUGUGGGGAGGUUCUAUGUUGUUGUGUCAAUCAAUCAUUAGCCCAUACUUUCCAGCGUGUUUUCCGAUAAUUUUCCUUAUUACAAAAAGUCUGAUUUUGGGUGAAGUGUGUUUGUUGUGCAAGAGCACAAAAUCAACUUUAAUUGAGCAACCUGAAUUUUCCAGUAUGUUGAAUUGAAUCCCAUCCAAAAAAUAGCAGUAAUCUCCAAAGCCUAUGAGUUAUUCUCCAGUACGUGGCAUAAGCAAAUUGUGCCCUAAACACCUAUAGGCACAUGGACUGCUCUUCAGCAUUUUGCAUGCUUAGCAUGAAGAUUUUUUAAAGUGUUCUCAGUUGAAUGCACUUAUAAAAUAUUCCCAAAAUUGGAAAUAUUGAUGUGCCAGUGUGGCUUACUUCUGAGCAGGCAUGUAUAAGAUUUUAUUUUUAAUAGACUUUAUCACUUGGAGAAGGUGAGUACCAUACAUUAUAUUACAAAAAAAAUCUUAAUUCUCCAUUGCUAUUUCACUUUCUUUGCCUUAAAAUUAUGUUUCUUGUCCACUGCUUCAUGUUUAAACAUAACAUCCAGAUAGCUUGUUAUCCAUAGGUCUGGUACAAUGAAACUUCAGUUUUCGAACGUAAUCCGUUCCAGAAGACCAUUUGACUUCUGAAACAUUCGAAAACUGAAAGCAGAAGCCUCAAUUUAAUAAGGAAACUCAAAACGGAAGCUGCGUCGGAUGUUCGGGUUCCGAAAAAUGUUAAAAAACCAGAGCAUUUGCUUCCGUGUUGUCGGCAUUCGGGAGCCAAAAUGUUCAAAAACAGAGCCGUUCAAGAACCAAGGUUUGACUGUUUAUUAACUUAAAUUAUGCCUUUCUGUGCAGGAGGAAGUAAAGAUUGUAUUGCCUGCCAUGACAAAAGGUCUUUCUGGGAUGGAUGGGCAGCUGUUUGUAGAGGCAGUUGCUGAAAUUGAGAAGAUUCUUAAUGGCUCAGAAGGAGCAGACUGUAUUUGCGAUAUCAGCCUUUCUCUUCAGGAACUAUUCAGUGAUGUAAGAAAGCAGUGUCACACCAGCUGAGUUUUGUUACAAGCCAAGAGGCAGGCCUACCCUCUCACAGAAGUGGUUUUCUCUUGAGGUCACGUUGACAAUGAGAACCAAUAUGGUGCAGUGCCUAGAGUGUGGGACUUAAAGACUCUCAGGUUCAGAUCCCUAGUCUGGCAGUGCCAUUAAAGAAACUCAGUGUCCUUGUGGCUGUUGCUCUUUUUCUUGGCCUAACCUACCUCACAAGGUUGCUGUAAGAAUAAAAUAGCAGGGGAGAAUCAUAGGUGUGACACUGAGCUCAGGGGAGCAAAAUAAAAAUUUGACAGCUGAUAACCCUGCCCAGAGAUAGAUGCUGCACAGCUUCAGUAAGGUAAAAAAAUGGAGAUAACCCAAGUCUGAGGCAGAAAAUCCUCAUGUGGUGCCAAAAAUAUAGUAAUAAGGUAGACAACUUGUCAUCCUUUAACAAUACCCCAAAAUCAGAAUCCCCCUAUGGGGGGCAACAUGAAGCAGCUACUAUUCACUCGUAUGAACCGUUCCAUAUAGCCCUAUACAGCUUGGGACAAGGAUAUCUGAAAAAUAAUCUCAUCCCUAACAUACCAAACCAAUCACGGCACUCAGCAGGAGAAGACAUACUGCAGAUUCCAUCUUAUCAGAAGGCUCAUUCCACAUGAAGGGGAACCUGGCUUUUAGUGUGCUGGUAUCUAACCUUUUGAACUCCCAUUACAUUUCAGACAGGUGGAAUCUUUAUGGCCUUUUCAGCAUCUGUUGGAGACUUUCCACUUUCAACAAGCCUUCUAAGUGGAGAUUUUUAUCCCAGUAGUAUUAUAUUACAUACAUAUGCAGUAUAUGUAAUUGGUUUUAACUGUUUUUAAUAUAUAAUGCUUUUGGAUUACUUUUAUGUGAUUGUUUUAGAUACGUUUGUUGUUGUUGCUGGCAUCCGUUUGUCUCGAGAGACAAUGCAGUGCACCUCCGGGGGUGAAGUCAAACCGCUGCAUUAGCAGCACCAAAGUGACCUCCCCGGGACGCAAACCUGGGCAGUGUGUAUGGAGGUUCUGGGCUGCCCAGAUGACAAAGACCCCACUUCUCAGCCUCCCUGAUAUGGUCCAAAGGAAACCAGAGCAAUACAUUUGGCACUAACCUGGCAUAUGUUUUUAUCGUACAGUGGUACCUCAGGUUAAGUACUUAAUUCGUUCCGGAGGUCCUUACUUAACCUGAAACUGUUCUUAACCUGAAGCACCACUUUAGCUAAUGGGGCCUCCUGCUGCUGCUGUGCCGCCGGAGCCCGAUUUCUGUUCUCAUCCUGAAGCAAAGUUCUUAACCUGAAGCACUAUUUCUGGGUUAGCGGAGUCUGUAACCUGAAGCGUAUGUAACCUGAAGCGUAUGUAACCUGAGGUACCACUGUAUUGUGAAAUCGCUUUGAGGUGCUUCAUGAAAUGAAAUAAAAUUAUCAUUUUUAAAAAAUAAUGGAGAAAUGGGAUUGCAAAUUUUUAAUCAGGCUCAGUUUGCAUGUCACUCUCUACUGAAACAAUCUCACUGCCUUCUUUUGUUUUUGAGACAGGAAAGAGCAAGUGUCCGUGCUUCCGCCAUAUGUCUUUUUGGGAAAAUGGUGAAACGGGCUAAGAAAAAUAACAAGCAUGCAAUGAGGCAUCAGGUACUAGAAAACUUGGUUCCAUUACUUCUGCGUCUCGAAGAGGAGGACCCUGACAUCCACAAGGCAAGCUUCUGCCAACAUUUCUCUGUUUUCAGGAGAACCAUCAUGGUUCUCACCAACCAGAUAAUUUAAAAAGUUCUCUCUUCUAGCCUUUUCUGCCUCCCAUCUGAGUGCUUGUCUUGCCAAAGGCAAGGUGGUUCUUUCAAAAUGAGAUUCAGAAGCAAUACAAACUACACAAGUGAGUGAGAAGAUUAAAGGUUUUAUUCUAAAACAGCAAGCAAUGUGUACAUACCAAGCAAGCACUUCAGUUUGCCACUUAGAGGCCCUCAAGAAGCAGUGAAGCGACUCCCCCAGGUAGGCCUCAGUUUGCACGGCUCUGCGGCCAAUCAGUCUGUGCAUGAGCUUCAGAAAAACUCUGCCUGAACUGUCCAAUUUUAUAGAUAGCCCCCCCCAAUACCUCACUUUCUCAAAAGAAUGUCCAACAUCGAAGAAGGUACCCAUCAUUAUCCUUCACAACUGAUGAGGCAGCUGUGGGGGGUGGGCUUCACCUCCUCCCAAUGUUCUCAGGACAUCUAAGACUGUUCUCACACCAUCAAAAAACUUAACAAGAGCGAGGGAGGGGGAAGGAACAGAGGCAGGAAGGGCUCUGUGUCAGGUCACUAACUCCUCAAUACAUUUUGUCUUCCGGAUGCAUUUCCCAUACAGUGUUUCAUGCUUCCUCGAGUGUAAAUAUACUAAACCUCAACAUGCACAUUUCCUGUCCGUUGAUGAGCAAAUACCAGAAGGUGUGUCCUUCCUAAAGACUAUUCAGUAGUUGGGCGUUUUGUUUUCUGAAUGGUGUAAAAAAAAUGAUAUAUCAUCUCCAUAUCUUGCAGGAAUGUAGUUAUGCCUUAAAUGAAUCCUUUCAGUUCCUGGGAUGGAAACUACCAAAGCAGGUUGUCAGCAGGAAAGCUUGGCCUGAGCAUGAAGAAGUUCUGGAUGAAACCUGCCAGUACCUUGUAUGUUGUCUACAAGUUCUGACUAUUGCUUUACAUUAAACAGCAUCCGUUCUCCAGGUUGUCAGAGUCUUCCCCAGCCCUAUCUGCAGAUGACAGGGGUUGUCCCCAGGGUGUUUUGCAUGGAAGAUAUGUGCUCUACCACUGAAUAUAAACCCUUCCCAGUGCUUCACUAAAAGUUCUUUGCUGGUACAAAGGAGUCUAGAGACAAGGACAGGAAGAGAGGCAGAACACAAGCCUGAUUGUGGCAAGGGUCAUGACCUUGAAGGAAUUAAAAAAAACAACCAACAGCCACAAUUUUUUGCGUUUGUUUUUUAUGUCUAGAUUAAGGGCAAAGUGGGGUGAUAAUCUUUUUGAAAGAUUAUGAGCUGAGUGACAUCCCUAAUUGUGACAUUUUGGAAUUCUGGGGUGGAAUUCAACACUGCCAUUUAGCUCGCAUAAUGGCUUUCGAACCAAAUGUUGCUUCCGUGUAAGAGGUGAUUUUCAAAGAUGCUCUCCUCCUCUUCUGUUAGUGCAGCCAGUUGCAGGAACAAAAGCCAUGCUGUGAGUUGAGCAGCAGCACUGACAUCCCACCUCCUGCUCAUCGCUAUGAAAGGCUAUGCACAGCUUUCUUCAUUUGAUUCUUCAUAGCAAGCUGAUAUUUGUCCAUCUACAGACUUUUUAAAAAAUCAGAUCUGAUGAUGGCGAUAAUGGUUGCAUGUUUAUGUAUGUAGCUCUUUCCUAACUCUCACACCAGCUCUUUAUUUUUAUUUUUAAUGAAGCCAAUUAUGCAUUUCUUGAGUUUCCAGGUGCAGAAGCAAGAGGCAAAUCUCCAGAGAUUCUUGUACCAGGACCUUUACUACACUCAGAGUGAACUUCUUCCGAUAAAAAGGGCUUCCAUCGUGUUCCUUGGUAAAUGAAAAACACAAGUUCAACUGUUUGCAUUAGCUCUUGCCAGGACCUUUUGAUCUUCAUUUUACUGUGGAGAGGAUUCAUUAAAAUCAUGCAAAUUCCCUAAAACAAGUUUAGGGAAUUUAUUUAAACCCAAGGGCCAAAUUCACUUAUAAGCAGCUUUCUAGUAGUGGGUUCAUCGAACAAGGGAUAGGACUCUUAACCUUUGUACAGUAGGCUACAUUCCUGCAACAUCAAACCCAGAGAUUUCUAUACAAAACACACACACACUUUUAUCCAGACAAGCAAGAGGCAUUGCCACAGUUCAAACGCACGGCCUCAUUCAGCUCAGGAGCAAGGUUUGCCACUGCUAUGCUGAAAGGAUGCCGAUAAAGCUGCUUUGUGGACAUCUGUUUGGAUGAAAGCUUCUACUCAGCAAAUGCUAGCUUCAGAACGCACACCCAGCCCUCCCUUCCCCUGACAACCAGGACAGAGUUGCAUCCUUGUCCUUGAGUAUAUAACAAUUUUAAACCCACUUUCUUAAGACAUUUCAUUAAAACAAAGGGCUUGUUUUCAAGUGGAAUUAGUUACAUGAGUUGCUACCAGGCAUUGACCCAAGUAAAUGACGACUAAAUCCUUGUGUGUUGCAUUUAGGUUUUCUAGUACAACAUAUGGACAGCAAGGCAGGAACUACAGACUUGGAAAUGAUCAUUCAUGGUAGGUUAAAUAGAGAAAUUGUAAGAUUAUUGCUGUCAUGUCUUUAGGUACUAAAUGAAGAGAGAGAACACAAAGGAGAGACAAUUAGAUGUAGACACUGUUACACUUGUAUAGAUUGUAUAUUUCCCCCUUUCUUCCUUCAUUUUUAUUAAAAUGCCAGAAUCGUGAAAGAUAAUAUAGACACAAAAAAGACAGAAUAUAAGCAAAGUUCAAAGACUGAUUGGUCGAUAAUUUAUGAAUUAACUCACAUCAAUUAUUCUUGCUGUUAUAAUACGGAAAGCACCUUAAAAAUUUUUGAGGCCACCCUCUGAGGCAGCAAUGUAUUUUUUCUUUAAUAUUCAACAAGUGGUGCUUAAAGUAGAACACAUCCUUUCAUAUGGGAUACAUAAAAUCACACAAUAUAAUCAGAAAAAUCAACUUUGCUUUUUCUCCCAGUUGCAUUCAAAAUUGCACAAGCUGCUAGAUACUUAGGGAGGGGAAGAAAUCAAAGUGUGUUUAGGGUAAUAUAUAAACACCUUUAAGUAUUUUUCAAAUCUCUAUUAGACAUAUGUAAAUUUACCGUCUUGGUUUUUGUAGGGUAUCAGUUUUAGAAAAAGAGGCUGUAAAAGGGUGAUUCUAUGAUAUGGUUUCACAUAAUGAUUUGGACACAAUUAUGCUGCAAUUCAGGAAAUUAAGUCUGCCGAAAACUCUGCAGUGUUAUGGGACUGUCAUAUUUCCUUCCUAAAAUGUAAACUCUGAUCUCCACAGUUGCAGAGAAAUAACGGCUAAUGUUUCGGUAGCUAAUAGUUGUAGGUAAGGCUCUUUCCCUUCAGGACUUGUGCCUUUUCUCUCUACAUCCAAUCUCUCUAUUAUAUCGGUCCCUAAUAAUAACUUCCAUAAUAAUAAUGUGCAACUCAGGACUCAGGCAUAUUACUAAAGAAACAGUGAUUUGAAUGUGCUACAAACACACAACACCAGAUGGUGCCAGAGAGCAAGAAAUUUUAAAAUGCGAUUUUCCAUAGUUUUUUUUCCCCUUUUGUUAUAAUGAUCUAAUUUCUGACUUACUUAUAGCGGGGGGUUUUCUCUGUUUUGAUCCACCCUAAAAUGAAAGACACAAAUAAGCAAAUUCACUAAAUAUGUGCAAAUCAUAAAAUUUGUGGAGUUAUUUUUAAAGAUGUCCACAACAACCACAAGGACACUAAAUAGCUGAAGGUUUAAUGUGAAAGGUUUAGCAUUUAUUUGGAACAGAGCCCCCUUAUGUGUUAAUGUUUCCCUUUCAUUUUCAGCUCUUGAAGGCUUGAUGCAUGACCCAGAUGCUUCUGUGUGCAUAGCUGCAGCACAUGCCCAUGAGCGUGUUUCUUCUGUUCUCUCCAAUCAGAAGGAGAGGCUUGAAAGCAACUGCAAGACGGAGGCCGGGGACACUGCUGCUGAAAAUGCUCUAAGGAGUUCCAGAGCCCUGAAUAGUAUCCGCCACACCCCUUCCAGACUUCUUGCUGUUAUAAACCUCUGGAGAUCGGCCAAUGGAAAUUAA